AUGGUAAAAUGUCGGUUCAAAUGGAUUAUAACGAUAUUUUUGUUUGCAUGGGCUGGUACAAUAACGUAUUUCAUUUAUUAUAGCAGUGCGAGUGAAAAGGUUAACGAUUUCAUCAAGAAGCAGAAUAAUGCUGCAUUGUUACAUCAUGUGAAGGAUAUAAGAUCGCCGUUCGAUGAACGAGCUGAAGUAGGUGGAACGGAUGCGGUGUCAGAGAUAUCGUUACCGAAUGCGAUUGUGUAUGCAAAACCAGCCGUUACAGUCAAUUACAAGGAAUUCGACCAUGAGGGAUAUCUGAAGAAAGGACUUUUGAAGGCGGGAGAGGACAGGUAUGCGGCGAAUAAGUUCAAUCAAGCGGCGAGUGAUGUGAUCGCGUGGAAUCGCAGUGUGUCAGAUUCGCGAGAGUUGAAGUGUCGUUCGGUAGUGUACGACGAGAAGUCGUAUGCACACCUAAGGACAUCGAUCAUCAUCACGUAUCAUAACGAAGCGCGAUCCACACUGCUGCGAACUGUCAUGAGUGCUUUCCUGAGAUCACCUCCCGAGCUGUUACUCGAGAUCAUCCUGGUGGAUGAUUUUUCACGCGAUGUGGACGUUGGUCAGCAGUUGACAAGUAUCGAUAAAGUGCGAGUGAUCAGAAACACACGAAGAGACGGCCUGAUUCGCUCUCGAAUCAAAGGCGCACGUCUCGCACAAGCGCCAGUGCUCACCUUCCUGGACAGUCAUUGUGAGUGCAACGUCGACUGGCUACAACCCCUUCUAGAACGCAUCCAGCAAAAUCCUCGUGCCGUGCUCGCACCCGUCAUCGAUGUUAUCAAUAUGGAUACGUUCAACUACGUGGCUGCUAGUGCAGAUCUUAGAGGAGGUUUUGAUUGGAAUUUGGUCUUCAAAUGGGAAUUUUUAACAGGGACACUGCGCGACGAACGACAUCAGCAUCCAACAGCACCUAUUAAAACGCCGGUUAUGGCUGGUGGUCUUUUUAUGAUUCGAAAGGAUUGGUUCGAAACUCUUGGUACUUAUGAUCCUGAAAUGGAUGUAUGGGGUGGUGAGAAUCUUGGUGCGUUUAGCAUUGAAUACAUUGGCUCUAUUGAGCAUUACUCUCGUCUGCAACUAAAACAGCAACUGCACUGUAAGAAUUUCACAUGGUUCUUGAAAGAAGUAUAUCCCGAGUUGAAUGUGCCCGAACGAGAGGAUGGUCAGUAUCUAACUUUCAAACAAACUGGUUUAUGUAUCGAUUCAUUGGGUAAACAGAAUGUUCGGUCACCUGUUGGUGUUUAUUCGUGUCAUGGUACUGGCGGGAAUCAGGAGUGGGUAUUCGAUAAGUCGAAGGGUACUUUAAAGAAUCCGUUCACGAAACUCUGUUUGAGUGAUAGUGAAAUUGGUGUGGUAUCGCAGCAGAAGUGUGAUGCGGUUGAUGGUAAAUGGGUGCUGGACGAGGCCGAAGGACGAAUGCAGUAUAAAGAUUUAUGCGUGGCUUUAAUAAAGCGUACACCCGAGAACAUGCAGAAGGACGAAAAUGUGUUGAUGCUGAUGCCAUGCGAUGGCUCUGAUCGAAGACAAAGAUGGAUAUUUGAAAAGAGUAACUUCUCAUAG